GGGGAAGGGACACAAUGGCAGGAGCUCUGCACUUCAUCCUGCUCUUAUUUCUGCAUUGUGGAUCUUUUCUCCUCAUUUCAGCCACUACUGUCAAUGUCACAAGUACUGUGGCUUCAGAUGCAACUUUUACAACAACAUCUAAGGGCCUUUUUCCUGCAGAGAAAACCAACUCCACUCAGGUUUCCACCACUGGAGUCACAACCAGUGAUAGUAAGACAACAACUAAACCUCCAAAAACCACCAAGACUGGCGUGCAUCCGACUGAAGAAGCUGCUAAAACAGUGGAGAAAGAUGUUUCUACAAAACCAAAAGAAGAAGAAGAAGAAGAAGAAGGUCCUUUGGAGUUAGAAAGGAGGUCAACAAGGAGUGUUAAGGUAGCAAAGAAGCCCAAAAAGAUCCUGAAGAAAUCCAAACGAAUCACCAAGAAGACAAAGGUGGUUAAGAAAACCAAACCUCAGGUCAAACACAGUGUGAGCCGGUCAGCAGCCAGGGAGACAGUCCCACAAUGUCCUCCUCUGGGUCUGGAGUCCCUGAAGGUCAAAGACAAUCAGCUAAAGGCGUCUUCCUUCAAGCGCAGAGGUCUGGGCCCCCACCGAGGACGACUCAACAUCCAGUCUGGGAUAGAGGAUGGCGAUAUCUACGAUGGAGCUUGGUGUGCUCAGUACAGAGACGAGAAGCAGUGGCUGGAGGUCGACGCUCUGCGACUGACUCGCUUUACCGGUGUCCUCCUGCAGGGUCGAAACUCCAUCUGGAGUUGGGACGUGGUCUACACCUACAAGGUGCAGUUCAGUAAUGACUCGUUGGUCUGGAAGCCGUCUAUGAACGGGACUGAAGAGGCCGUAUUUGAAGGAAACCAGGAUGCGGAUACGCCCGUCCUCGCUCUUUUCAACACUUCCACCGUGGCCCGUUACAUCCGGAUCAACCCUCAGACGUGGUACGAGAACGGCACGCAGGGUGACAUCUGCCUCAGGGCCGAGGUGUUGGGCUGCACUGUCCCAGAUCCAAAUAAUAUCUACCCAUGGCAGACAGAGCCAGCUGCGUCCAAAGACAAAUUGGACUUCAGACACCACAACUACAAAGAGAUGAGAAAGCUGAUGAAGGCGGUGAACGAGGCCUGUCCUGACAUCACCCGGAUCUACAGCAUCGGGAAGAGUUACAAGGGGCUGAAGCUCUACGUCAUGGAGAUCUCUGACAACCCUGGAAAACACGAACUGGGAGAACCAGAGUUUCGGUAUGUUGCAGGGAUGCAUGGGAAUGAGGCGCUGGGCCGAGAAAUUCUCCUCAAUCUGAUGGAGUACUUGUGUCAGGAGUACAAACGCGGUGACCAGCGCAUCGUCCGCCUCAUCAAAGACACCCGCAUCCACCUGCUGCCUUCCAUGAACCCUGACGGAUACGAGAUGGCCUUUAAAAAGGGCUCAGAGUUGGCAGGCUGGGCUUUCGGUCGUUACAGCUAUGAAGGCAUCGACAUGAACCACAACUUCGCUGAUCUCAACUCGGUGAUGUGGAACGCCAUCGAGCUGGAGACGGACCGGUCCAAACUCAUCAACCACUACUUCCCCAUCCCAGAGCAGUACACCUCAGAGGAUGCUUUUGUGGCAUCAGAGACCAGAGCUGUGAUCAACUGGAUGCAGAACAUCCCCUUUGUUCUGGGCGCUAACCUCCACGGUGGAGAGUUGGUGGUCACUUACCCGUUUGACAUGACCCGGGACUGGGCGCCUCAGGAGCACACGCCCACCUCUGAUGAGAGCUUCUUCCGCUGGUUGGCCACAGCGUACGCCAGCACCAAUCAGGUGAUGUCCAACCCAGACCGGCGGCCGUGUCACAACAAGGACUUCCUCAGAUACAACAACAUCAUCAAUGGAGCCGAGUGGCACAACGUACCAGGAAGUAUGAAUGACUUCAGCUACCUGCACACAAACUGUUUCGAGGUGACGGUGGAGUUAUCCUGUGAUAAAUUCCCUCAUGCCAGCGAGCUUCCCAUCGAGUGGGAGAACAACAGAGAGUCUCUGCUGGUUUACAUGGAACAGGUCCACCGUGGCAUUAAAGGGAUAGUUCGGGACAAGGACACAGAGGCUGGUAUACCUGAUGCCAUUAUUAAAGUGGAUGACAUAGAUCAUCACAUCAGAUCAGUUGCUGAUGGUGAUUACUGGCGGCUCCUGAACCCCGGUGAGUACCGGGUGACGGCCAGCGCAGAGGGCUACUUCCCCUCCUCUCGCACCUGCCAGGUCAUGUACGACUUCUUCCCCACCAUCUGUGACUUCAACCUCACCAAGAUGCCCAACCAGAGGCUAAAAGAGAUUUUAGCAAAGGGAGGCAAACUGCCCAAAGACCUGCAGCUCCGGCUACGACAGCUCCGCCUGCGUAAGCUCCGCGUUACCACCAAAGCGAUGAACCGGCGACGCGCUGCUGCUGCUGCUGCGGCUGCCAAACGGGCAAAGAAGGUCUGAUGGUGAUUGAAUGUGAGAACAGAGCAGGACUUGGUUCAGAGACACUGAUUCUCGCUGCUUUCAUGUCAGUAUUUCCACUGGUGUUAUUUAUCAAGGACCAACAGUAGGCACCAUGAAACUUUUACACCAGUAGACAAACACGCCUCAGAAAUAAACCGUGUUAUCUCCUGCUGUGGAGCAGCAGAACAAACUGAGGGAACAAUAUCCUUUAAACAAGAUGAUAAAUGUCAGAGUAAUCCAGCGCACACCAGGAAUGUUCAGAUAGACUUUAAAGUUUGAUGCAUAUAAAACAUUGGAGCGAAUUGUGGCUUCCUGAGGUCCGCUCUUCUUGAUCAGCGUCAGGUGUGGGUUUACAAUACUUUUCUCUGUCACCAGGUGGUGAUAAUUACAGGUCAUGUGACAACUAAAGUCAUCUCAAUACACAAAAUAUCAACUUGCAUACAUUUAAUAUCAAGUGGAGAGUGAACCUGAGGAAGCCAUAAUGUGAAACACGUUCUUCGCUCUAAUGCUUUAUAUGCACUAAACUUUGAAGUCUAUCUGAAGAGUCUCGGUGUGCACUGGCUCACUCUGAUCUUGAAAGCUGUCUUGUUCCUGCUCGACCUGCACCCCGGAUGAGUGCACAGGGUCAUCGACCCUCAAGAUGAUAAUUGUAUUUAAGGCCAAACAAUUCUGUUUUCGGUGAUGUCAUGAUGCCUACAAAUACAAUAAAAUCAACUUUUGAUCCACAUAAAGGAAAACCAGUCAGAUUUCAUUCCUACUUAAAAAGUCAUUUUUAUCGUGUUGUGGUGG